UUUUUCAGUGGAUUGUAUGUCCAGCUUCCAACUCGUGCCUCAGAGGAAAUACACUGACAACUUCAAAACUUGGUAAAUGAUGGCGACUGCUGAUCUGAUAGACGAGCUGAGCUGCUCCAUCUGCCUGAGCAUUUAUACUGAUCCUGUAUCCCUGCUGUGUGGCCAUAACUUCUGCCGGGACUGUAUUGGGACAACAUGGGACACCCAGGUGGGAUCUGGGGCUUAUUCCUGCCCUGAAUGUAGAGCAGAGUAUCAGGAGCGCCCUGCCCUGCUCAGGAACAGAGCUCUACGUAACAUAGCAGAGAGAUUCCUUCCAACUGAGACACAGCCGGGGGAGACUGGGAUCUUCUGCACCUACUGUGUCCUCUCUCCUGUACCUGCUGCUAAAUCCUGUCUCCUGUGUGAGGCUUCUCUGUGUGAUACCCACCUGAGGGGGCACAGCAAGUCAGCAGAACAUGUACUGACCCAACCCACCGACUCCUUUAUGGGGAGAAAAUGUUCUGUACACAAUGAGCUCCUCAAGUAUUUCUGCUGUGAGGAGUCUGUCUGUAUCUGUGUCUCCUGUUAUAUGGUUGGAGAGCACAGGGGCCACAGGGUGGAGCUGCUGAGUGAGGCCUCUGAGAAGAAGAAAGAGAAACUGAGGAAAGUUCUGGAGAAACUGAGGUCAGAGAGAGAGGAGACUGAGAGAGGAGCCCAGAGACUGCAGGAGCGCAGGAGAGAAGUGGCAGAAAAAGCAGCCGGUGAGACAGAGAGAGUCACUGCCCUGUUUAGAGACAUCAGGGAACAGCUGGAAGCCCUAGAGAAGCAACUCCUGAGUGACAUCUCCAGGCAGAAAGAGAAGCUCUCACUCCCACUCACUGAUCUGAUGGAGCAGCUGGAAAUAAAGAAGGACGAGCUGUCCAGGAAGAUCCGUCACAUUGAGGAGCUGUGCAACAUGGCAGAUCCACUCACUGUCCUACAGGAAUGGGAAUCACAUGGAGCUGCAGAUAAUGAGGGGGGCAGAGAGAGACAUGAUAUAAAGGUCCCUGCUGUAGGGGAUCUGGAUGUGGAUCUGAUCUCAGAGACAUUACUCACAGGCUUAGCUGCCAUUGUGACUGGGGUAAAGGGAAGGAUCUAUGGGCAGGAGGCUACAGAUCUGUUACUGGAUAUAAAUAAGCCAAGUAAUGCUACAGAUAUAGUGCAUAAACCGCUAAUAGUUCCCGGGGCUUGUACAACCCAGGUUAGGGGGAAAGAUUCCAUUGUGGCAGAAGUACCAGGGCUCUGUGCUUCAUUUAAUAGGGAACAACUAACUAUUACAAAAAGUAAAGGGGCAUAUUUUUGUAAUAUUUUACAGAAAAUGGCAAAGUCAGCAGGUGACCCAACAACUUCCACAUUUGAGUCAAACAGAUAUGAUCCUCUGUAUGGGCAGGAGGCUACAGACCUGUUACUGGAUAUAAACACGGCUGGGAAUCUUGUAUCUGUAUCAGGGGACAGGAAAUCUGCUUCUUACUCACUCACAGACCAGUGUCACCCACAAACCCCAGAGAGAUUCCAGUUCCCUCAGACUUUAAGCAGCAGGAGUUUCCCCUCAGGGCGACAUUACUGGGAAGUGGAGGUCAGUGAAUCAGGGGGGUGGGGGGUAGGGGUGGCCUAUCCCAGUAUAGAGAGGAGAGGGGGUCAGUCCUGUAUUGGGAGUAAUAACAAGUCCUGGUGUUUGUACAGAUGGUAUAAUAAAUAUUCAGUGAAACAUGAUAAUAAAUUCACACAGUUACCCCACGUCCCUUCCUGCAGGAGAAUCAGGAUCUCACUGGACUAUGAGGCCGGACGUCUGUCCUUUUAUGAGCUGAGUGAGCCAAUCAGACACUUACACACCUUCACUGUCACAUUCACUGAGCCCCUUCAUGCUGCAUUCUGGGUAGGGGGGUAUAAAACCUGUGUGAGAAUCAUUAAUUGGGGAACUGCCCAGCAGGAAACCCAUUCCCACAGUUGCCCUUAGUCAUGUGACACCAGGAAAGGAAGGAAGUGUUGGUGCCUCUCCCCUAGCAAUGACUGGGUGAGGGUUUUAUCUACGUGGAGCUGAUUUAUGACCAUAGGUGAUACAUUACACAAGUGCAGUUGCCAGUAGCAACCAAUAAGGUCUUUGCUUUCAUUUUCCAACUUCUAAUACACUAUUCAAAUCUAACUGCUGACUGGUUUCUACUUGUUUCUGCCCCACUUGAGUGUCAUUCAUUGCUUUUUACAUGUAAUUCUAUUUAAACGGGUGGUUCACCUUUGAGAUAACUGUUAUUAUGAUGUAGAGAGGGAUAUUCUCAGACAAUAUGAAACUGGUUUUAAUUUUUUUAUUAUUUAAGUUUUUUGACUUAUUUAGCUUUUUAU